CAAGUUGUAAAAUGAAAUCGACUUCCCUCGUAUCUCUGGCUCUGAUUUUCUCACACUCCAUCAUAAUUCCGCAACACAUCUGCCAGUCGUCUUUCCCAGUUGAAUUUAACCGCGUAACAUAAACUUUGCAAUACGUGACUUCUUUCGCAGCAGCCCAUCGCCUGCGCGAGUAGUCAAACAUUUUUGAUUUGUGCUGAAAACGCAGUCUUUGUUAUCUAGUAGAUGAAAGGUGGACUUCACAGGACUGAAAGCGGCGGAUUCGAGUGUUUUUUUGAGUAUCAAAAACCAAAUACUAUGAGCUUCAUAGAGGUCAUAGUAACAAUCGGUUCAGUACUGUUACUACUAGUUACUUUACCAUUUUCGCUGUUCUGGUGUUUCAAGGUAGUGCAGGAAUAUGAGAGGGCGGUCAUUUUUCGACUGGGAAGAUUGAGGAAAGGCGGAGCUAGAGGACCAGGAAUAUUUUUUGUCUUACCAUGUUUGGACAGUUAUUGCAAGGUGGAUUUAAGAACAGUAUCUUUCGAUGUACCGCCUCAAGAGGCGCUAACGAAGGAUUCUGUGACUGUCACAGUCGAUGCAGUUGUCUAUUAUAGAAUCCAAGAUCCAUUGAAUGCAGUCGUCAAGGUGACAAAUUAUAGCAAUUCGACAAGAUUACUAGCCAUGACUACUCUCAGGAACAUCUUAGGUACAAGAAACCUAGCAGAGAUUCUGUCAGAUCGAGAAGCGAUAUCGCACGCCAUGCAAACAUCACUGGACGUUGCAACAGACCCAUGGGGUGUCAAAGUAGAGAGGGUGGAAAUGUUAGAAAUAUUUUUAUUUACUGCUUAUAUAAAGCUCCUUCACCAUCAUACACUAUACAGUAUCAAACUAGGAUUGUAACACAUCAUGGACGUAACGUAAUUUUGCGUGAUGAUGGUACGCGCCGUAGAUGAUAAUCGACGUCGGUAGCCGCGGUUCAAACGCGUUUGGACUACUAUAGAACGCGGUUGCUACGCUGAAAAGACGUGAGCCUGCCUCAACAACUCCAAAGAGCAAUGGCUGCUGAGGCAGAAGCCUCAAGGGAAGCUAGAGCGAAAGUUAUAGCAGCCGAAGGAGAAAUGAAGGCUUCCAGAGCUCUAAAAGAAGCAUCUGAUGUCAUAAAUGAAAGUCCAGUCGCAUUACAGCUGAGGUAUCUCCAAACUUUGAACAAUAUAUCAGCAGAGAAGAAUUCGACCAUCAUAUUUCCACUGCCAAUAGACCUGAUAUCCUACUUCAUGGACAAAAAUGGCAAAGAUGAAAAGGACUCUCAUUUAGUUUUGUAAAGAGAAUAUAUUCAUUUUACCUAUUAAACAUAGUACAUUGAACAAAAUGUCUUUAUAAAUUAAACACGCUUUUAGACUUACAAAAAAGAAAUCCAAAGUUAACAAACAAAAAAAGUAUCUAUUUUGAGUCACAUUAAAAAUACAGCAAUAUUCAAAGUGAAACAUACUAAUAUUUAAUUCAUUAAUUUGCAGUACAGCAGAAAAAAGUAAUCCUAAAUUGCCGCUACCACUAAUGAAACAUGUUUUAUUAGAGCUAACUCAAUAAGCCAAUAAAAUAAAAUUGAAUGUGCAUCUAGAACUAAGCUAAUCAAUAAUGACAAGGCAACACUGCAUUACUGCAUUAUUGUGUUACUUCAGCAACUUGUAAUAAGUAGAUUUCACUAUUAAUAAAUGGCACUUAUCAUAUUUAGCGGCCAGACAAACACUGAG